CUUUCUCAAGGUUUGAACUUAUGGUAUAAAUUUUGCCUUCCCAUAAUGCCCACCAUCUGGAUUUGGGGCGUUGUCUGGUGAGCCAACCAUACCACAGAUCAGGUGCAGGCGAGAUGGCGGCCUCAAAGGCUCGGGCGAAUUUGACCGAGGAAAGCAUAGACGAGUGUAAAGACUUAAUGGAGGCAUUAGACAUGCUGGAAAACUCUAGUAUUGCCCCGGAGGAGAUCGACGGCGUAGAAAGUAUCGAGCAGGCCCAGAUGCUACUUCUGAAAGAACUGGCCAAGACGUCAUCCAAGACACAGUGGACACCUGAGUCUGCCGCAGGUCUCAUGAAAAGUGUCCUUGAAAAGGAUCGAGUCUCACGGGAGGAGCUAUGCUGCCACUUUGAAGAUGCUACAUCAUAUGCAGAAGAACUUCACGACACCGCUAAACAGCAGCUCGAGUCCAACAUCCCCAGAUUCCAGUCUCUUCUCAAGACAAAACUGGAACAGCUGAGGGACGAUUCGUGCCACAUCCUGGUUGCAGGUGAGACAUCAGCAGGGAAGAGCACCCUACUGAACCUGAUCCUUGGGGAGGACCUGCUGCCCUCCUCCCUCCUCAGCUCAACAUCUACCAUCUGUGAGCUGAAGCAUGGCAAACAGGAGAAGAUUCGGGCCUUCAAACAAGGAGAUCCCUCCAGUUACGAUGAAGAACCGCUUCAGGGCAGCAAGGACGCCCGCAUGGAGACACUCUCCAAGUUCGUCUACCAGAAAGAGGGAAGAGAUGAGCGUACCUUCGAAUACAACAGAGUCGAGAUCUUCCUGGACUUCCCAUUGCUUGAGGGCGGCAUCACCAUAGUGGACAGCCCAGGGGUUGGGGAGAAUGAAAAGCUGACGGAGAUGGUGAAGAAAUACCUGCCGAAUGCUUUCGCGUUCAUGUACAUCAUCAACAGCGCUAACGCUGGAGGAGUCCAGCCUGACCGGCUCGGGGAUCUUCUACAGGCCCUGACCCACGACCGUGACCCUGACCAGCCCCCGAUGUUCGACCCGAAGUCAGCCAUCUUUGUGUGCAACAAGUGGGACAUGGUGCCGCCGAAGGAAGCAGGCGAGGUGUGGGACGAUACCAUCAGGAAACUGAAAUGCUGCUGGCCUGAACUAGAUGAAUCUCAAGUGUUCAAGAUCUCAGCAAAGAAGGCAGCCCUGGCCCGCUCUCAAGCCAACUACAUCACAAAAGACUUUGAAAAGCUCUUGAAUGGACUACAGGACCUGUUGCCUACCGGGCUACGUGCCAAGGUGGAGCUGAACUACCGGUGGCUGACCUAUCUCCUUGACAGGUCAUCCUUCCAUCUUCGCGUGAUGCUGGGAAACAUACUUGGUCAGGAGAUCCCGGAUCUGGAGAAACAGCGGAGUAGUGUCAAUGCAAGGCUGAAGAAGCUCCGUGAAGCAGCAUCCUCUGCAGAAAGGAAGAUGAGGCUGUAUUUACAAAAGAGGGUCGACUAUGCAGUAAAGGAUCUUCGGCUGUACCUCACGUCCGAUGAAAUACGUACAUGGCUCCAUCAGUGGGACGACAAGGAACUGCCCGACAACGAUAGCUGGACCGUGGUGGAGCAUCUGACAAAAAAGCUCGUAGAGCAAGGCAUCCAGCAAGCAAUCAGCACGUGGGACCAGCACAGGGAGUUCUUCAGCAAGCUCCGGUCCGAAUUGAUGCAGCAGUUCCGCACCGAGUUCAACCUUGUAGAGAUGGAUAUAGCAGAUAUCGAAGAGAAGAUGGUAAUCGCGAGCCAGCGCGUAAUGCCUUCAGCUACAGGACACAGAGUCGGAAACAGCGUCUUCUAUCCUGAGUACAGCACAGGGGGUCUCACUAUUGGGCAGAAGAUUGCUCUUGGCGCAGCCUCGCCUUUGGUCAUACCGAUAGGGGUGGUAGUGGGCCUGUUCGCUCUCCCUGUAGCGGGCGCAAUGGCAAUCAAAAAAAGGGCUACCCACAAAAAACAACUGCAAGACUACAGGGAAAACAAAACGAAGUACAUGGAGCAGUUGGCGAAUGGCACAAUGCAGGAUUUCGUGUCAGACGAAAAUCUCCGCCGGGUCGUUGAACAGCAGGUGGAGUCCACAUCUACAUACCUUGAUCAUCUGGUCGGCACCAUCCCCCAACUUAUCGAAUCAGAUGAGCGACUGAUGAACGAGGGGUACAAGUUGAGAAAACAAGAAGCGAUCACUCUCACCGAAGAACAUUACGGUCCAAGCCUUGAAAAGUGCGAUAAGAUUCAAGGCGAGCUUAACUGCUGCUAUAUGACAACCAUUCGGCAGUACGACAUUGAAUACGAAGACCUAGUUGAAAGAGAGUGGAUUGCAUCCGGCUCCUUUGGUGACGUCUACAAGGCCAAGAUAAACUCCACCGAGGUGGCGAUGAAGUACAUGACAGACAGCGUCUCCGCACAAAACGCGACCGACCUGCUUCACGAGGAACGCAACCUGAGGCGCCUCUGUCAUCAGAACGUGAUCAAGUUCCACGGUACCGCCUACUGGGCACACCACGAGAAGGUCGUCUUUGUGACUGAGCUCUGCCAGGACAAUCUGAGGGACUACAUCUCGUACAAGAAAGAUAGGAACCCGGGCAAGCACAGAAAAGGCACCGCGGAACGGGAAGCAGCUUUCUCCGUCAUCAAACCGUUGGCGGUUCAGUUGGCAACAGCACUGAGCUAUAUUCACUCCGUGAACCUCGUACACAGGGACCUGAAACUGGAGAACAUUUUGAUUAAGAUCCAUGAGCCGAGUACGGAUGGGGCAGUCAUCAAACUCGCCGAUGUCGGACUAACCAAGAAGGCUGAAAACAUCACCGGAACCCUGUGCGGCACCCCGCCCUACAUCGCGCCGGAGGUCCUCCAGGAGAAACGCUACGGGAAACCGUCAGACAUGUACAGCUUCGGCAUCCUUCUGUGGGAGAUGUGGUACGGGGAGGAGACGCCUCACGCCAAGCACUUUACCAUUCCGAUGUUGACGGAAUUUUCAAAAGAAAUCGCCGAAGGCAGACGCCCAGAUCCCAACAAGGAGUUUUCUGCCCCGACUCCAUGGAAACAGCUCAUGACGGCCUGCUGGAGCACUGAUCCGGCCAACCGGCCCUCUGCUGAGGACUGCAGGACGCGUCUGCAGGAAAUAACGUGUGAUUAAUUGUCAUUGUGUUGACAUCAUAAGAACUGCAUGGAUGAACAUGAUAACUACUCAUUCUCAGUGAGUCAGUGUCCCAGUAAAAGUGUAGAUUCAGACAUAGACGAGCUAGUCUAGCCCAUCCUGCAAACUCGAUAAAUGCAUGAAGUGUAUGAUUUUGCUGUUGAAUUGUUUGCUAUACCUUUUUCAUUACACAUAAUGCAGAUAUGUUCCUAUGUAUUCCAACAAAUGUAUCUGAAGUUCUCAACUCAUCCAAGUUCUUAUCAUAGGUCUAGAGGGCAUGCAGAGGUGGACCAUGUUGCAGUUAUAAUUAGGCUGCACUUAUAGAUGUAGGAACAGCUGUGUAGGAAUUACCGACAUGGUACAGAAUCACGUUGGUUUUAAUUGGAAGCCGGCGUUUAGUGCUUUUAUUGCAUUCUAUGUUGAGUCAUGGCUGUAGCAUGUUUGGCAAAUUGCGAUAGGCUACUUGUAGUACAUUGUUACAUUUGAUUUGCUGUGAGUCCUCUACUAGAUGUCAACGAGUUGUGCUAGAUAGCUAAGCCAGAACGUGAAAAUGUGAUUUCUACAUCCAUAUUAAUUACUGAGACAGAUUGAGAAAAUAUAUGUGUCACAAUCCAUAUCAUGAUAAAGCAAUCUGGUUACCAUGAUGACCCUAUGUAAAAGGACUAUCCUAGGAGGAUCAGUCACCUACACAUCAUUGAUACCGUGUGAGUUCCAAGGAACACUGUUUUUAGCCAGCUCCCUGUAAGACUGAAUGAUUCCUUUAAUGAAGUUGUCAUUCACAGUGAAACUUACCCUUUAUAUGAAUCUUUAGCAUUCUAAUGUUUUCAUGUACAUGUGUGCCACCUCCAUUACUGGUAAACCAAUAAUCAAUGCUUUGUUACGCUUUUGAAUGAGUGUGUCUGUUUGUUUGUUUGUGAACAGGUGUGGGGAGAAUAAAUAUAUGAUUA